AUGAGCGAAACGUCGGCAAUCGAAGUUGGGGAGAUACCCGACUCGGCCCAGAAGGCGCCCCAGGAGGAUGUCGAGAAGAUGGAUCCUACGUCUACAGAAGUUUCUGCGUCCAGUCGUGGGUAUUCAAGGGCCUCAGUGGUGUUGAUGGUAGUGUUCAGUGGCUUAGCUAUUGGGUCGGAUGGUUUCAACGCGUCGAUCAUCGGCAACGUGGAGUUGUUGAUUGAGGUCAUAUACCCGAAGUCUUUCACGACCGCUGUGGCCGCUCGACUGUCCAAUGCAUUCAUGGUGGGCAUGAUUAUUGGCAUGCUGAGCUUUGGCUACAUUUCCGACAAGCUUGGCCGCAAGACCGGCGCUGUCCUCACCACCAUCAUUUUGGUUCUUGGGAUUGCGUUGAGCGCUGGUGCCAGUGGACUGACUGACGAUGGCAUGUUUUGGAUGUUGAUCAUUGCACGCGGGAUCGCAGGCGUCGGGGCUGGAGGAGAAUAUCCGGUGGCAGGGGCGGGUGCUGCAGAAGCAACCGAUGAGGCACCAGGCAUUCGCAAACACCGAGGCUUCAUUUUCGCCAUGAUCGGUGAUCUAUCCGCUUCCCUGGGUUUUGCCUUUGGUGCGCUAGUUCCUCUGCUGCUCUUGUUGUGCUUUCACCAGCAGGUUCAGCACUAUGAGACCGUAUGGCGGGUUGCCUUGGUCAUGGGUGUCAUUCCUCCCAUAUCAAUCUUCUGGUUUCGCUAUCGGAUGGUCAUGAGCUCGGCCUAUCGGAAAAGCUCUAUGAAGAAGCAGAGGAUCCCCUACUGGCUCGUGUUGAAGAAGUAUUGGCGCCCCUUGCUCGGUGUAUCUGGAUCCUGGUUCAUUUACAAUUACAUCUCGUACCCGUUCGGGUUGUUCUCGUCGACUAUCGUCGGACGGGUUAACCCUUCAUCUUCUCUGGCUCUCACUAUGGCGUGGGGAACAUUGAUUAAUUGCUUCUAUAUACCGGGAGCGUUUAUUGGUGGCUUUUUGUCCGAUCGCAUUGGACGCCGCCGAACAAUGGCACUGGGAUAUUUGCUACAGGCGAUCCUCGGCUUCGUCUUGGGCGGGGCAUUGGGACCCAUCCAGACGAAACUGCCACUGUUUAUCGUCCUCUAUGGGAUUUUUCUCACACUUGGAGAGGUUGGUCCUGGUUCUACGAUCGUUCUGACCGCAAGCGAGAGCUUCCCAACUGCCGUUCGUGGUCAUGCAGUGGGACUGGCAGCAGCCUUUAGUAAAGCCGGAGCUGCCAUUGGCACGCAAGUCUUUAAGCCGAUCUUGGCAAGCUGGGGAAAUGAUGAGACUCGGGGAACACAGGCUGUAUUUCUGAUCGGUUCGGGGUUUGCUGUCCUCGGAGCACUUUUGGCAUGGUUUGUCCUGCAGGACAGCGACAAAAUACUUGACCACGGCGACCAAGAAUGGAAGGAUUACCUCGCUGCUCAUGGCUAUGAGCAUAUCGAAUGGGGAGUGGAAGAUACUUCAAGUCCAGAAGAAGUCAAAAAUUUGGAAUAA